AUGUCAGACAAGUUGGGUGAAGCAUGCAAUGACUUUCUCGGAGCCACUUCAAUACUAUCGCAUCAGUAUGGCAUCCCUAAGAUCCGACAACAACAAGACUUCACAUCAUGGGCUCAUAUUCAUGAUCUAGAGAAGCAGUACUACACUGCAUACCAAAAUCUAACCCACAAACUUAACCACUUGAUGUACUUGACCAAGUUGAAAGAAGUGGCUAAUCUUAGAGACACAUCGCUGCAGAUUGAUCAGAUUAAACAAGCGAUGGAUAUCAAUAACUUGGAUGAGCUUUAUCAGUUUCUCCAAUUACAAAAUAAUCUAGUCAAGACCGAUUCAUUGCUUAAUCGAUUCUUGCUCAUGUCUGCGCCAAUACUCAGGGCCAUAAACCAAGCCAAUUUGAAUACCUCAGAAACGAAAAUACUAGAUCGAUUGGGUUUAUUGUACGAUGACAAUGGGCUUGUAUAUAAAGUGCAAGAAAUUGAAAACAAGAAACGGAAUGAAAGCAAUCAACUGCAGCAGAAUCCGUUUGAAAUAAUUUACACAGAGAUAAGACCAUUGAUGGAUGAGGUGGAACAAUUGGACUCACAAUUCAAGGAGUUGCAGACAAGGUACAUUUACCAAAAGGAAGCUCAAGUUGGGGAAAAUGAAGAAACACGCAAACAAUAUGAGGAACUAGUAUUUCGAUGGCACAAAUUAGAUCGAUUGAGCUUACUUUUGAUCCUGUUGAUUACGAGUCUCCCUUAUGUAUGGCUGAGUGAUGAACUGCUAAUGAGUAUAAUGCUUGACUUGAAUGAUGUAAGAGAUAAGUUGAACAAGUAUCAGUCGGUGGUGAAUGAAAAUAACAUAGAGGAUUUCACUACAAAAGAGUUGUUAAGCCUAGAGUUUGAAUGA